CAGUGGGAGGGAGGAGUUAAAAACAGAAAGUGAAAGUCAACAGCACUCUCUAUGAGGAAGUAUGAUGAGGCCAAACUGACUGAGAUUCAAGCAGAAGUCCUGGGUACUUACAGUACGUGCCUGAUGCGUUUGCUUCAGCAGUGUCUCUGACGGUCCUCAGUUUCUCUCCCCGAGUCUCAGUUGUGACCUAAGGAUUUAAAUACCAGCUGUCACACUGUCACAUGAUAGGUUUGCCUUUUUAAAUCAAGCACCGAAAGGACAUCACCUCCACAAUGGUCUCGGCGAGGCUGUUGGCACUGUCCCUGUUUCACGUGUCUCUGGUUGCGUGUCAGAGUUCACAGCAGGCGUCAAACAUUACAGGAGGACAACCUAUGGGUACAGAUCAUCUGUCUUUCCCAUGGAGUCGUUUUCGCCUGCCUAGGUACAUCAUCCCUCUUCACUACCGCCUCCUCCUGCACCCCAACCUCACAAGUCUCAGUUUCACUGGCUCAGUGCAGAUCCAGAUCGAUGUCCAGAACAAUACAAACUGGGUUGUAUUACACAGCAAGGGUCUGAACAUCACCAGAGCCACGAUACUGAACCAGAACCUCGCUCAUCUCUCUGACCAGGUUCUUCCAGUUCUUCACAACCCGUCACAUGAGCAGAUUGGCAUUUUCUCUCCCAGAGUGCUCAGCAGUGGGCAAAAGUACUUCCUGUAUAUUGAGUUUGGGGCAGACCUGGUAGACGGCUUCCAUGGGUUUUACAUGAGCACGUACAGAACCACCACAGGGGAGACCAGAACCUUAGCUUCAACCCAUUUUGAGCCGACAAGCGCUCGGACGGCGUUCCCUUGUUUUGACGAGCCGAUCUUCAAAGCCAACUUCUCUGUACGGAUUAGGAGAAGCCCAGAGUUUAUUGCUCUCUCCAAUAUGCCCAUAGUGAACUCGGUCCAGAUAAACGCUGACCUGAUGGAGGACAGGUUUGCUGUGAGUGUGAAGAUGAGCACUUACCUGGUAGCAUUUAUCAUCUGUGACUUCAAAUCUGUCACUGCCUCCACAUCCUCUGGAGUGAAGGUUUCCAUCUAUGCCUCCCCUGAGAAAUGGUCUCAGACCCACUAUGCCCUGGAGGUUGCUGUCAAAAUGCUGGACUUUUACGAGGACUACUUCAACAUCCGUUAUCCUUUACCCAAACAAGGUAACAUUUCUCUUGUUUCCUUGUCUUUACCCUGUCACUUUUUAUUACCUGACCUGUUGUUUUUUUUCUUCUCAGACCUGGUAGCUAUCCCAGAUUUUCAGUCUGGUGCGAUGGAGAACUGGGGUCUGACCACCUACCGAGAGACAAGCCUUCUCUUUGACCCUGCCUCUUCCUCGCUGUCUGACAAACUCUGGGUUACUAUGGUGAUCGGCCACGAGCUCGCUCAUCAGUGGUUUGGUAACUUGGUGACAAUGGUGUGGUGGAACGAUCUCUGGCUGAAUGAAGGAUUUGCCAAAUACAUGGAGUACAUCUCAGUGGAAGCCACGUACCCUGACCUCGCAGUGGAGGAAUAUCUUCUGCAUGCCUGCUUUGCAGCAAUGAGCCACGAUUCGCUGAAUUCCUCUCGACCGAUAUCCAGUGCGGCAGAGAACCCCACUCAGAUCAAAGAGAUGUUCGACACAAUCUCUUAUGAGAAAGGGGCCUGUGUCCUUCACAUGCUGCGACACUUUCUGACCACUGAUGUGUUCCAGAGCGGGAUAGUGCGAUACUUACGCAAAUACAGCUACAAAAACGCACGCAACCAGGACCUGUGGGACAGUCUGGCCAAUACAUGCUCUGAAGAGGACUUUAUGUCAGGAAAACACUGUUACAGCAGCAGCCAGGCUACCAAGAAUGCAUACCUGUUUGCAGGGGAACAUCUGGACCUCACAGCCAUGAUGAACACUUGGACUCUGCAGAAAGGCAUCCCUCUGGUAACGGUGACAAGGAGCGGUUCUCGUCUACUGCUGAGACAGCACAGGUUCCUGAGGACAGUCCUGCCCUCUGACCCUCAGUGGUCCAAGUUACAGGAGGGUUUCUUGUGGCACAUCCCUCUGACAUACAAGACUGACACCUCCAGCACAAUGCACAGACACCUGAUGACAACAUACACAGACAGUAUACCCAUAGGAGAGGAGGUCAGCUGGGUGAAGGUAAACACUGACAUGACCGGCUAUUAUUUGGUCCACUAUGAGGAUGGUGGCUGGGAUGACAUCACCAAACUCCUGAGGGAGAACCACACGGCUCUGAGCUACAAAGACAGGACUGACUUGAUACACAACGCCUUUCAGUUGGUCACUGCAGGUCACCUGCCGAUCGAUAAAGCCUUAGACCUGAUUGGUUAUGUGCAAAAGGAGACACACACAGUCCCUCUCCUCCAAGGACUGGGAUAUCUGGAGACCUUUUACUGGAUGAUUGAGCACAGGAAUGAGCAGGAGUUGACACAAGUCCUGGUGAUGUACAUCCUGCGAUUUUUCCGCACCGUCAUCGACCAGCAGACGUGGAGCGACGACGGCUCUGUGUCAGAGCGGCGGCUGAGGUCGGAGGUCCUCUCUCUGGCUUGUCAUCUGGACGACCCUCCCUGUCUCCAAAGGGCCCGUCAGAGCUUCAAGGACUGGCUCGAGUCCAACGGAACUCUCAAUUUACCCACGGAUGUUGCAGAGACCGUGUAUGCAGUAGGAGCUCAGGAAGACCAUGGCUGGGCUUCACUCCUGCACACAUACAACACCUCGCUCUCUGAAGCACAGAAAAACAAAAUCCUUUUCGCCUUGACCUGCAGCAGAGACAUCAGCAAGCUACAAUUACUGCUGGAGCUGGGUCUGGAGGGGAAGGUGAUUCGAACGCAGGAUCUGUCUCAUGUCAUCCUCAUGGUGUCCAGAAACCCACGGGGACAACACUUGGCCUGGAACUUUGUCAAAAACAACUGGGACACACUGGUUAAAAAGCUCCAGUUGGCCUCAUCUUGUAUUAGACACAUCCUCAUCGGCACGACCAGACAGUUUUCCUCUGUGGAGGAGCUCACUGAUGUACAGCUUUUCUUUGAAUCCAUCGAAGAACAGGCGUCUCAGCUGAGAGUGACUCAGCUCGUCCUCGACAUUGUGCAGAAAAACGUUCGCUGGAUGCAGAGGAACCUGGAGACUCUGAGGAACUGGCUGAAUGAGCAAGUGAAGUGAAUAAAAUUCUGCAGGAGCGUUGGUGGUGGCAGUUAACAACAAAGGAAGGGGAAGUUUAAGGUUGAAAUCACUGGACUGCUGGUAGUUUUGUAUGUUAAAAGUAUUUUGUAAACUUUGACAAGAUGUGUGUUUGAAUACAAUUACAGCAACAUUACUGAUGUUGAAGUGAACUGAUAGAACAUUUGAAUAUUUGUCUUUGUGUGUGUGUGUGUAAGAGCGAGAGAGAGUAGUAACACAAACUUUGUGAAUGGAUUCUUCAGUAAAAUGGCUCACUUUACCACA